CAUUUCCUCAAAUUUGUCAGCGCAACUCAACAAAAGACGUCAGCAUCAACCCAUCCCCAGUCUUGACAGCUCGUCCAGAGCCAGGGCGCAUCCACAGCAGCACAGGCCCAUGUCGCACUAGGAUCGCCCUGCUUUUCCGAUCUCAAGGCCCCCAAGAAUGAGUGCAGACUUGCUCGGCGCAGAGCUCGAGGACGAGUACAUCAUUGAAGCAGCAGCGCAAGAACGAGCUCCCCUCCUUGGCCAUAGACGCACAGAGCAUCACGAUGGGUCAGUCGAUGGGAAAGAAAGGGACAGCAACCUUGACUUGCUCUGGUACCGCAAACCGAACCUCUACUGGCUCUUGCCGCCCUUCAUCUUUACUGCUACAAUGAGCGGUGCGGCCAUCACCCCGAGACUCUCGCUCAUGGGUGACUUGCUCUGUCGCAAUUACUACACUCAGCAUUCACCAGGCUUGCUUGACCCGAACCUAUCACUCAUCCAAAUCGGCCAUCAAGUUGAUUGUAAUAUUCCGGAAAUCUCAGCUCGAAUUGCAAGACUCUCAACAGGCAUCAACAUCCUCACAGGUGUCUUGUCUGCCCUGACAGCAGCAAAGUAUGGUGCCUGGUCAGAUCGUCAUGGUCGGCGCUGGCCGUUGUUUGCCACCAUGAUUGGUGCGUUGUUGAAUGAUUUGUGCUACAUUCUUGUUGCAAAGUACUAUCGUACCCUACCGCUUGGCUUCCUAUUCGUUGGUGCACUCUGUGAUGGUCUUGCUGGAUCCUUCAUGAGUGCCAUGGCAGCGACGUAUGCCUAUACGACCGAUGUCGUGCCACCUGCUAGACGCGCUGUUGCAUUCGGAUACUUUCAAUGCUGCUUCUAUGCAGGCAUUGCUCUAGGACCAUCGCUCGGUGGCUAUCUCGUCACCAAAACCAACAAUGUCUUGACAAUUUUCUACCUUGCCAUGACGGUACAUGCCAUCUUUGCAGUGUAUACGGCACUCUUGCUACCAGAGAGUCUAUCGAGAACGCGAAUGGAUCAAGCUGCACGACGACACGUUCGAGACGUGGCUGCACGACGUGAUGCAUCCCUUGCAUUGACAGACCCAGAACAAUCAAAAGCUCAAGUGUCCUUUGCAAAGAUGAUGGAGAAGGCGAAUAUCUUCAAAGCACUCCGAGUCUUUUUCCCUCAACACAGCGCGCCAGCUAUUCGACGCAACCUCAAGUUACUCGUUGGGAUUGACUUGUGCUUACUCAUGAAUAUGGGUUCCUUCACCGUCAUCAUCUUGUAUGCAAAACUCAUCUUUCGAUGGCGAGACUUGGAACAAGGAUACUUACUCUCCCUCAUCGGUGGAAGUCGUGUGAUUGUCCUCCUUGGCAUCCUUCCCAUCGUCGUCCGUCUCGUUCGUGGCAAACAACCAAAACGCACACCGGAAGAAUGCGCAGCUGCCAAUGCACAACGUGGGAAUGAACCAGAAGGUGCAGAUAUGCUUGAUAUUUGGCUGAUUCGUGGAUCUCUCUUAUUCGAGUCUGUGGCGUUUGCUUCCAUGGCACUGGCAAAGACAUCCGCUGGGUUCUACCUCGGUGGUGCGCUCUCAGGGUUCGCUGGUGUCGGCACACCGACUCUACAGAGUGCAUUGACAAAACAUGUAUAUGAAACGGAGACUGGCCAAUUGCUAGGAGCAGUGGCACUCCUACAAUCUUUGAAUCGGGUGGCGUCACCGUUGUUGUUUGGGUUUUUGUAUAGUUUGACGGUGAAGCGGAUGCCGGCUGUGGUGUUUUGGUUGAUUGCAUCAUUGAUGCUGGGUGGGUUCUUGUUGUCGACUGGGUUGCGGCAGACGUCGAGGGAUGAUAAGCAGUUGCUUGCUGAGAAUGAUGAUGAUGUCGAGCAGAGCCAUCUAUACUAGUUCAUAGUUAUUUACAGGUCAAUUUCGUUGUAGUCAACCAAGUGUAUGAAAAGAAUCGAUUACU